AUGGCCGUGGGGGCUGUGCCUUAUUCCUUUAGGUCUCGAAGCCUCUUCGUUUGUGCGUGUGGCUCCCGUCAACUUCUGAGGGCGAGGGGUGGAGAGAGAUCGCGUGAGCAGUUGACACGGGCCUUCUGGAAGGAAGCGGGGCACCCUCGAGGCCGCCCAGCUACCGUGAGCCCAGCACCGCCGCCUGCACACAGCCCCCCGCGCAGCCCCCAGCUGCGACGCGCCGGGGCCGAGAACGCGGCGCUGCUCCGGAGCAGCGAACCUGGACGCAGCUCGGCCCGCCGCUCGAGCGCGCCAGGACUCGCGGACUUUCCCCGGAGGGGCGCUCUCGGUUCCGGUCCCGCCUGCGGUUCUCCCACGCCCCCAGGGGACCCGCUGAUCCGAGCGGAGUUCUCGUGGCCGCGCCCCCUCGUGGCCCCCACAGCCCCCCUGGUGCGCCCCCAGGGCCUCGUGCCCGCCCGCCGCAGGUUCUGGCGCUGGCGGGAGAGAGAGAUUUGGCUGGCUGCGCACCUCGAGCUCUUAGGGUCUCGAGGAACGGGCUGGGGGAGGGCCGCCCGCGAACGGCGUGCCGAGGGGACCGGUCUCCCGGCGGGUUUGAAGUCGGCGCGGGGCGGCCGGCAUCGCGCUCCUGGAGGCGCGGCAGGGACCGGCGCGCGGCAACGCGGCGGCCGUGGCAGUCGGGAUUCUCGUCAGUCGCUGCUCUCUGCUCUGGGUCUCUGGCCCCUAGACGCCUCUUCCCGGCGCGCCUGUCUCCCUAUCGAUUCGCUUCAGACCGGACAGAUGCUGAGCUUGCCCGCCGAGCUCGGCGGCACCAACUUAGAACUGGCGGAGCCCGCGACAUCCGCGGCCCGCGGCGACAUGGGCCCCCAGCCCGAGGCGGCUACAGAAGGCUCCGCACCUUUAGCCACUCGGGAGCCGGAGCCGGGGCCGGGGGAGCAGCCUCCGAGUCCCUCGACGCCCGAGUGCAAAGUCCUGCUCCAGAAGGCUGACGCCCUGGCGUCGGGGGGGCGUCUCCGGGAAGCCUUCGAGGUGUACAGACAGCUCUCCGAGCGGCAGCAGCUGGUGGCCGAGCAGCUGGAACAACUGGUGCGCUGCCUGGCCCAGAACGUCCCUCCAGGCGAGGCGCUGCCGCCGGCGCCCCCGGACAGGAGCGGUGCGGCGAGGCGUGAGGCUGCGGCGGAAGAGGCAGGGGCGCCAACGGCCGCCACGGCCACCGAGGUGUGGGACGGCUUCAAGUGCCGGAAGUGCCAUGGGUUUCUGUCAGACCCCGUGUCCUUGUCGUGCGGCCACACCUUCUGUAAACUGUGCCUGGAACGCGGCCGGGCAGCCGACCGGCGCUGCGCCCUGUGCGGGGUCAAGCUCUCGGCGUUGAUGGUGGCCGCCGGGAGGGCGCGCGGGGUCCGGCGAGUCGGGCAGCAGGAGGCGGCGGCGGCCGCGCCGCCGGCCCCGCCGCAGCCGCCGCCGCCCGCGCCGCCGCCCGCGCCGCCGGCCCCGCCGCCGCCGCCGCCGCCGCCGCCGCCGCUGCGGGUCAACGUGGUGCUCAGCGGCCUCCUGGGCAAGUUGUUCCCCGGCCCCGCACGGGCGUCGCAACUCCGGCACGAGGGCAACCGGCUGUACCGCGAGCGCCAGGUGGAGGCGGCGUUGCUCAAGUACAACGAGGCGGUUCGCCUGGCUCCAAAUGACCACUUGCUUUAUAGCAACCGGUCUCAAAUUUAUUUCACCUUGGAGUCUCAUGAGGACGCACUGCAUGAUGCAGAAAUAGCAUGUAAGCUCCGCCCAAUGGGUUUUAAGGCACACUUCAGAAAAGCACAAGCCUUAGCCACCUUAGGCAAGGUGGAGGAAGCACUAAGGGAGUUUCUAUAUUGUGUGUCCCUCGAUGGAAAGAACAAAAGAGCAAGAUCUGAAGCCCAGAGGCUUCUCCUUAGUUUCUUUUCACCAUCAGUCCCGGGGGACUCUCAGGAACAUUUUCCCGAUAUCCUGAAGUUGUUGGCACCUCACCCUAGAUUAAAGGAACACGUAGAAUCAAUGGCUACUGAAGGCACCAGUCAUAAUCUACCAAAGUUGUCACAGGAAAAGCCGGAGCUCCCACACUGUUCUAGUCAGGAGGAAGCGGCGGCGGGGGGAGACCGCAGCAGCCUGGCAAACCCAGUUAAAGUAGAGGGGGAGGGGCAGCGAGGCGACCAGAAAGGCCAGGCAAGAGACAAGGAGAAGGGGGACGCUGCCUCCGCCAAGGCUGGCAAAUGCCAAGAAAAGAAAAGGAAGCAUUGUCAAAUUGGAACCCAAGACCCAGAGGUGCCUACUAAAGCCUUGAAGCCAGAUCCUCAGGCUGAGCAGCGGGCCGAGGCUGCUGUCAGUGUUCCACUGCCAUCCUCUGUGGAUGCGUCUGACCUUGAAUGUGCCCUAUGUAUGAGAUUAUUCUAUGAGCCAGUCACCACACCUUGUGGGCAUACAUUUUGUUUAAAAUGCCUUGAAAGAUGCCUAGACCACAACGCCAAGUGUCCGUUGUGCAAAGACGGUCUCGCACAGUGCUUGGCAUCCAGAAAAUAUAGCAAAAAUGUCAUAAUGGAAGAGCUAAUAGCUAAAUUCCUUCCAGAAGAACUCAAGGAACGAAGGCGGCUUUAUGAAGAAGAAAUGGAAGAACUUUCUAACUUAAAUAAGAACGUGCCUAUUUUCGUGUGUACUAUGGCCUAUCCCACCGUUCCUUGUCCUCUGCACAUCUUUGAGCCUUGUUACCGUCUGAUGAUUCGUAGAUGCAUUGAGACAGGCACAAGGCAGUUUGGCAUGUGCCUUGGAGAUACUGUCAAAGGCAGGUUCGCGGAAUACGGCUGCAUCCUGGAGAUCAGAAAUGUUCAGUUCUUUGCUGAUGGCCGCUCAGUGGUGGACAGCAUAGGCAAGAGGCGCUUUAAGGUCCUCCAUCAGGGCCAUCGAGAUGGUUACAAUACAGCCGAUAUUGAAUACAUUGAAGACCAAAAGGUUCAAGGAGACGAUUAUGCUGAGCUCAUGGGAUUACAUAAUUGUGUCUAUGAGCAAGCGUCAUCAUGGUUUCAUUCGCUCAAAUCAUCUCUGAAGAAUCGGAUACUCAGUCACUUUGGUCCAAUGCCAGAGAAAGAUGCUGAUCCCCAGGUUAACCCAAAUGGUCCAGCCUGGUGCUGGUGGACGUUAGCGGUUCUUCCACUGGAAAGCCGAGCUCAGCUCCCAUUCCUUGCAAUGAGGUCCUUAAAGGACAGACUGAACGGUAUUCGGAGAGUGCUGGCCUUUAUAUCCCGAAACCAAAACUAGUGAGAGCGGGUUGCCGAAGAGGAGCCGCCACCCUCCCCACCGCCCCUGGGGGAGUCAUCUUGUAAAUAUAUCUAAUUGCAAUAACAUCUUAACAGAAGGAAGUAUCAAACAGGCCUUUCCCUGCUGUUGAUCACAGAGAGAAAAUGUGUAGAAAGACCAAAAGCAUGGGACCUGUUUGAAACUUUCUGUCUUAAGAUGCUUCUUGACAUGCUGCACAACUACAUGCUCAGCAGAGGUGUUUAAAAGCCCAGAAGAAAAAAAUUAAUUUGAUUUCGACAUAAACUUUCCUGAAAGUUUAAAGUGGUUUUGCUUUAAUUUUCUUUCUUGCAUAGUUAAGUGUGUGGUUGAAAUGUGAAGCACAGAUGCUAAUAAUGUUGCUGUGUUAUUUCACUGACUUGAGUUCUCAUUCCAAAUGGUUCAGGUUUUAUACAGUAUUGUGUAAAAUAAUGUUCAUCCUACAUUCUGUUUUAAUAAUUUAUUUUUUUGCACUACUGUAUCCUUUUUUUCUACAUGUAUGUUUGUAACUAUUUAAGUGUAUGUUACUGAAAUGCCAGUUGCUUUAUUUAUUAACGUGGUUUACCAUGUACCUAGGGGGAAGUAACAGUACUAGAAAUGUGCCAUUUUUGCUUUAAUCACACUUUACUAUGUUUCUCGAACCAGCUCUCGAACCAUGUUCGUAUCUACCCCAUUGGAUGCUUAAAGGAAGUUCAGAGUCACGCUGAGACUGCUGAUCUUCACAGGUUCCAUUUGGCUUUCAGUCUGAAUUCAACAAUAUAAGAUACGCAAGGGAUUUGGCAUACAUUAUGGAAUAAGCCAGGGUAAGGUAAAAUACUCCAUUUUCUAUGUGUUAUACAGAGCAGGGCUGAAGGAAUGAUUUUCCUUCAAUGAAGAAAUGAAUCAGAGGGGCGUCUUUUGGUACAAUCUGUUAUAGGCAUUUAUCUUAACAAUCUAAUUACAAGUGUAUAUCGUUUCUCCCCAGUGCAGUUAAGAGUGGGAUUUUGAGGCAGGAUGAUUUUUAACCCUUCAGAGGGAAUGGUUUUCAGUUUGACAUAUCAUAGCCUCCAUACCCCACCUCUUCUCAGGGUUCUGAAGAUCACGACCUGGCUAGCAUGUGUGGAAACGUGUCAAGAAGGGCUGUUUGUUAUUAAAAGUGCAAAGAAGCCAGUAGAAAAAGUAGAACACUUAAAGAAAAAAAAACAGACAAACUGUCUUUUUGGUUUGUAAAUCUCUUUAAAGGAAACAAUGAAUCCAUGAUUUUAUCUAAGCACUGCCUUCCCUCCCAAAUGCCAUAGGUCAAAGAUUUCAAUAUAGGGGAAGAAUAGUGGGUAAGAAGGGAAGAGGGAGCUCCUGUUUAGCCUGCUUAGUACUAAGCUAGUGUGAUUAUUUUAGUGCCAGGAGAACCUGAAAAAUGCUGUGAGGAUGGGGUGUCACAAUGACGGGGUGAAGAGAUUAGGAUAGGCAAGAAGUGAGUCCUGCCAUUCGCACCGUCGUGCACAUCACCCCCCACAUGAUGCUGGACGAACACAGUGCGGCCCAUCCACCCCGUCCAGGAGAGGUUAGUGCCUCAAGUAACCAACCUGACUUCUUCCAUCACCACCUCUGUCCAGAAACAGAGAAGGGAGAAUGAGAUGAUCCAGGCAACAGAAAAGAGAUUCACAUAAGCAGAAACCAAAUGAUCUUUUCUUUUUUUUUUUUUCUUUAAGAUUUUAUUUAUUUAUUUGACAGAGAGAGAGACAGCAGGAGCAGGAACACAAGCAGGGGGAGUGGGAGAGGGAGAAGCAGGCUUCCCGCCGAGCAGGGAGCCCGAUGCGGGGCUCGAUCCCAGGACCCUGGGAUCAUGACCUGAGCUGAAGGCAGUUGCUUAACCAACUGAGCCACCCAGGCGCCCUCCGAUCUUUUCUGCACUUGGCUAAAUGGAUGCUAUUUUGUCAGAGCAUUAUGUUACCAGGCUUGAUGUUUGCAGCCAGACUAGGCUAGUGAAGAAUGGAAGUAUAGGCAUGGUUAUUGCCCAAGCAAAUUCUGCAAGGCUCAGGGAGCAGGAAAUUAAAGGCUCCCCCUCCCACUUGGUGCCCAACCAUGAGGUCGUAGCACAGUCCUAGUAAAAUAUUUUCCUGUCAUCUAGUGUAAGUGCAGCAAAGAAAUUGUCAUAAGCAUCUCCUCUUGGUAGAUGUUUUUGUUUUAUGAUUUAACUCUUUCUGGGCCCCAGGCUCCUCAUCUCGCAAAUGGUAGUGAUCAGUGCCACAUAUAGGGUUGCUAUGAACGUUAUAUAAGGUAGUAUAUAUGUAAAUCACUUAGCAGAGUGCCUAGCACCUAGGAGACGUUCGAAAAAUAAUAGUUUUGAUUAGGUUAUUCAUAGUUACAGAAUAUCAUCAGGGGCCCACAUUUGCAUAAAACGCUUUACACACAGUACCCAUAUCUACCCCUUUAAAUGUAGUUGGGGGGAUCCACACCACUGAUUUUCGGACCAUAACUUGACGCUUUACGGUUAAUUCCUUUUGGAGCCAAGUCUGUUUGGGAAAAUGAAAAGACUAGAAAACAAAUGAGGGUCAGAGACAAGGGAGACUUCUGGGCCAGUACAUUUUUCCGUAUUUCAAUAGGACUAAAAAGUAGUGCUCUUUGGAGGUCUGAAAUUUCUGAUACAAUGGAAGCCUUAAGUUCUAGCUCCAUUAGAAUAACCAGCUCAUCUUGUUCUCCAAAAAGUAUUAAAAACCUUGGCCAUGCCAGAGUGAACAAGUUUUAUAAUCUGACUUUUGUGCUUAUUAGUUCACGGGAUUUCUUUUUGCUGCCGCAACAGAAAUCUUUUGCGAACCUACUGUGUGCCGGGCACUGAGCCAGGGGAUUCCAUGUUCAUUCCAUGAACAUACAUGAGUCCGUGGAAUCACUUAUUUUCCACAUCAAACCCUGUGAGAUCAGUUACCAUCCCCAUGUUAUAGAUGAGAAGGCUGAGGUCCUGCAAUGUUAGACAUUUUGCCCAGGUAACACAGCCAGUUAAUAGCCAAGCUUGAUUUUGAACCCCUUACUUUGCAGAUUUUUAACAUUUUAAACAGUUUAUGUUACACAUCAUUUUAUUAGAUAGGCAUGGCAACCGAGUCACAAAAGUGAGCCCCAGAAGCUCACAAUUCAAAUGGCAGUGGAGGGUUAAGUAAAAUUCAGUUACCUCACACAUCUUCACUUAAUCUAGGUAGAAAGGGAAGUUUGAUUUUUUCAAAGUGAAAUUCUACAUUACAGAAUAUUUCAUGUUGAUAAAUGAGUAUCUAACUCCAGCAAACAUAGAUCUUGGCUGGGCAGAAUUGCAUUGUACUCUCAGUAGCCUAAAUACACAUUUGGGUUGUUUUCUUUUGUUUCAGCAGUGGUUGGAGGCAAGAUGCAAGGCUGAUAAAGCCUUGGCUUUCUUUGGGAUGUACUUGAAUGGGGUAGUCAUUUGAACAUGACCAUUUUCACCACUUAUAAAUUGAUUUUGCUGCCAAGCUUGAGUAUGAAGAAUGUACAGAGAAAAGACGUAAGGCUAAAUCUAGGCCAGAAGUAUAAGACUUCCCCCUUGGUAGAUUGUGCCAUUUAUUUGGUUAAUUUUCUUAUUAUAACCUAGAUUAUACCUAGAUUAUUUUCUCUGUGUGUGUGUGUAUAUGUGUGUAUAUAUGUAUAUAUGUGUGCAUAUAUAUAUAUAUAUAUAUAUAUAUUAGGUACCAAGCAGAUAUUAUGCCUUUCUGCUUUGUACUGUACUACUGCUGCUAGCUAAUAACCAGCAAAAUGUAGAAAAUGAGAAAUGAUAAACUAAUUUUCUAUAGGCAACUUGGAGAAAAGUGUGCCUGCCCCUGACUUAAUGGGACAGAGAACUGACUAUUUUGAGAAUUUGCCUUUUCUGAAGGCUGACUGCUUCUAGCCCCAUGGCGUUUCCAGCUCUGCCUGUGGGGCUGGCCUGGGCUCAGAUAAUCCCCUGUGACUGGCCGUCAGAGCAGUGGAGCUCCUGAGGCUGGUUCACAGCACCCAGAGGUCUCUUAACUGUCAACAGAUGGCAUGCUGUUGAUGGACCAGAAUCCGUCGGGGACUGUGUCCCCCCUGCCAACUCCCAUUUCCAAGUUGGGAACUUCAUUCGAGGACUCAGUUCUUGAGUUCCCAACAUGUUGACUUUGCAUCCAUUUCUGUUUAUCGAGGCAAAAUCAUAGCAGAGGUGUAUAAUAAAGAUGCAAAUGGAAGGCAGCCCAAAUAAUGGAAAAAGACAGAUUUUUCAGCCCAUCUGGGGCUUGAGGGAUGAGGUUUUGAUUUAGGAUUGAAAGCAGUUCUGAAAAGCAGCCAGCUGCAUGGGCUACAGUUUGUGGCCCUUCCUGAGUGCAGAGAGGAAAAAAUGAAAAGGAGUCAUGUAAAAUAUAUGCAUUCAGUUCCUCUUAGACGGAUAGCUCCCACUGUUCAACUGUUUAAUAAUCUGGGUGGUGCACAUCCAGAGGUGAAAUGAAGUUGUUUUCACUUACAAAUGGUUAUUUUUCAAUGUGCUAAGUUAACCUUGAGAGAGAAGUGCCUCUAAUCUCUGUUCCUGGUGUCCUUUUAAAGCUUUUGCUUCAUGACUGUAGCAGUUAAAAAUUUGUCGCAGCAAAUGUGAUUAACAGAAGUUUACAAAGCAAUGCUGUAGCUUGUGUCAUAUUAAAAAUUGCCUAACAUUUAUCUAUUGUCAAAGCAACAACAAUAAACAACAAAAUAAAAGGAGAGCAAAUAGGUCAAUGUGGCAUCAUAGGCUUAUCUUAGAUAAACUAGUUCCAUCAUUUCAGGCAGUCCUCAGUCAUGCCAGGAUUAAAAUAUCAAGCAGGCCACUCAAACAGUGGCAAAUGUGUCCGUGUGUUUGUGAGUCCACUUGUUUGUUCAGCAGCCAUUUUACUUUCGCACUGUAAUAAACUUAAAGGGGAAUUAAGAUAAUGCUCCCCCCCUCCCCCGUUGCUAUUCAACUACCUCUAUAUGCUUGGUUUCUCUUUAGGGGUUUCUUUCUUCCAAAUCUGUAAAAAAUGCUGUUUCAGCUCAUCUAUGUUGUAAUAACAAUGUGAUUGAUAUAGACAGUUGCUGUGAAAGCUGUUCAUUCUUUAAAAAUGUUUCCUGUCGUCUCACUUUAUAUCUAACAAAGCUCUACCCAUAACCCUAGGGUGAGAAUUACCUAAAUAAGUUAUCAUUUUGUUGGAAGCUGAAUAGAAUGGAAAGCUAUUGGACCAUCUAUUUUGUUCUUGUUCCUGUUGCUUAUAAUACAUUUGACCAGAAGAUCUUUCAAGGAAGUAGACCUGCACUCAGACAGUAAGCUGUCAUGUAUCUGACAGUGAGGCCGGCGUGAGCUAGUUAAUGUGACUGAUGUGUUCUGAAAACCUGGCCAUAAAUCGUUUUUUAAAAAUGCAUAAAUUGUUUUUUAAAAAAAUCUUGUUAUUUAAAGACUUACGUUGAAGUGUUUUGCCAAUAAUCCACCCCUAGUUUGUAAAUCCGUUCAUAUGUUGGGUUUGCUUAAAGCAGAAUACACUACCUACUGUUUUCUUUGCCAAUAUAAAAUGUUUGUGAAAAGCAAGUUACAUGUUUUUAUUUGCGUCAAAACGUUUCUCCACAAUAGGCUAAAGCUAAGGCCCACAGUGCGAACCUUUGGACAGGAAAACUGGUAAAACUGAGCUGGAACAGUGAGCAAUACUGACUGAGCUGAGUUCAGCAAGAGCGAUUCAGCAACAUCUCCU